AUGACAAAUUGACAAGGUACCAAGUACUAACAUUUGCAGAGAAACAGAUGAAAAAAAAAAAAAAAGACUUUUCAGUUCCGAGUUUAGAGGAAAAGAAUACUAAUAAAUAAUGGGCAUGGACUGGAGUGACCUACCACCGGAGAUUAUCGAAAUUAUCGCCGGAAACUUACCAACCUACGGCGACUACCUCCGAUUCAGGGCCGCAUGCCGGAGCUGGCACUCGUUUCUCCCACAAUCACCUCUCCACCUCCGUCCUCAGCUCCCAUGGCUCAUGCUCUCACGGCGAGCCUUCUUCCACCUCUCCACAUACAAGACUCACCUCCUCAACCUUCCAGAAGCUUCCAUCCGAACCCGAAACUGCGGCUCCUCCCACGGCUGGCUCGUCACUCUCAACGAAGAGUCCCCCAGCGUCAGCCUGCUGAACCCUCUCACGCGCGCCACGCGCUCUCUCCCUCCACUCAACGCUUUCCCCAGCAUCAUCGGUUUUAGUUACUCCAACGUCGGUCGAGAAUACCUCGUUCGGAACCACCAUGGCGGCGUUGACUCCUUCAAUCUCAGGCAGAUGUGCAACUCCUUCGUGAGAAAGAUCGUCUUAUCCUCGAGCCCUUCAGGGAACAGCGAAUUCUCGGCGUUCGCGAUUGUCGGUGAACGGAACCUGGCGUUCUGUAGAGGCGGCGAUGAUUCUUGGAUUUUCGUUAGCGAAGAACUUCACUGCUGGGAAGACGCGGUUCAUCACGAUGGCUCAAACUCGUUCUAUGCGGUGAGCAAAGAAGGAACGGUUGCGGUGUGUUGUGUUGAUGAUGAUUGUUUUCCUCCUCGUGUAUCGAUCAUUCAAACGGUGGCGUCGGCGAGAUUCUCCGGCGAUAUUCACUACGCGGUUUUUUCCGGCGAGGACAUGAUGUUGGUGUCGCGGAUUCUGGAACAGGAGUUCGAUGAUGCAGGCGGUGAAUCCAAUUUGGUGUAUAGAACCGUGGGGUUUGAAAUCUUUGAGAUGAAUUGGUGUGCGUUCAAAUGGCAAAAGGUUGAAAGUUUGGGCGAUCGCGCUCUGUUUAUUGGAGGGAACUCUUCGCUUUCGUUAGUUGCUGCUUCUGUUGGGUGUUUGGGGGAUUGCAUAUAUUUCACUGAUGAUUAUUCGGAUUUUAAUUAUGAUGAUGCUUGUGGGAAGCAUGAUUUGGGGAUCUUCAGAUUAUGGGACCAAGGUAUUGAGCCUUUGCCAUGCUAUCCCCGAAAUUCAUAUUCUAGGUUGGGUUGGCCUCUCCCAAUUUGGGUUUCACCUAAUCCCUCUUAAUUAUUUUAUGAUUUGGAAGCUAAACGUGUGUUGAAAGUUUAUGAUAGAUGUAAAAAACUGGAGAGGAUCCAUUUCCUUUGUUACCUGGUUAAGAAGCCACAUAUAUGCGUUGGCCCAGUGAAUUGUGAUUUAUCGUGUAUAGUACAGUAUAUUCAUGAAUAUGAACAUUAUGGACCUAUUUGCUUCUUCAAAUGUAUGAUCUACUUGGCUAUUUAAUACUGUAUUAGAUUGCAAUAUAAGAUAUUGUUUUGUCCUUGUAGAUGAUUGAAGGCAUUUUGUUGUUAAGCAGAGGGAAGUAUUAUCAAUUGAUGAAAGCAUAAAAAGCAAUAGGAUUGUUUAUGUUUAUUCUUUGAUUAUUUCCGUGUAGAAUUGGGGGAGCACCGCCGCACCGAGCUGUUGCGGUGAUCCUAAUCUUUCUGCCGUGAAUAUAGAAUAUAUAUGCCAUCAUCCCUCUGGCAGUAUUUGUUUAAGGUUAGCUAUAAGACAGAAAAAGGUCUCAGUAAUCAAAAUGGGGCAUUCCGAGAAUCGAACUCGGGACCUCUCGCACCCAAAGCGAGAAUCAUACCACUAGACC